CGACCUUCUCCCUCAGCCUGCACCAGAUGGUUUUAAAAACUCCUUUGAACAGGCUGAGAGGAAGCCCUUCCCUGCUUUGGGGAAGGAGGAGAAGGAAGCGCGAAGAGCAGGGGCUGAUGAAAGUCAGUCUGCAGAUGUCAGCGUGGAUGCAUGGGUCUCGGUUUUUGUCUUUUUGAUGUUAGUAAAAUAUGCUUGCUCAUCUAAAAUCACUGAAACACAAGGUGACAUUUCAGAAAAAUGUCAAACACUCUUUGGAGUGAGUGUAUGCAUAUUUAAAUCUUUAAUUUGACAUCUCGGUAGGACGUAGAUUACAGUCUGUGUUGUUACAUUUUUUCUCUCAAAGUGACCACAGGCUGGUUUUUAUUCUUCUGACUAAAGCAUUGACUUGCUGCCCGUCUUUAUUUAUCUGCAGUUUCAAACCUAUAUGAGAUAUGUUUUUGCUAAAGAUGGAAUAUCUAAGUUAAAUGUCCAAAUGCAAUGUCUUACAGCACAUUGCCAAGUAACAUUUAAGCAACAAGAAACACAAAUACACUUGUACAUCCAAAAUGCUGUUGGAUGAUGAUUAUUUAGAAAAGUUCACCUCUGAAAUUUUCAAGACAUAUGUGUUAGUGUGUCAGGCCACAUGCUUGACCCCAGUACUCUGUACCCGUGACUCCCUCAGCUGCUAGGAAACUACAGCAAAGGUGUAUUUCUGAAAACUUCAGUACUAAAGUAAGGCAAAAAUGUGCAUUUUAAAUAGAUGUGGGCUAAAUGGACCUUUACACACACACAAAUAUUUAUGGCCAAAAUACUGAUUUAAAUCAUUUGACAACAUGUACAUUUUCCCAUGCAACUGUGUUACAUAACGACAACGUAAAACAUCAAAUGCAAUGGAAUCGGGUCAAAUAAAAUGUACCUGAUUGGUAUACAUUUAGUUUAUGUCAGUCAUGUUUUCCUAAAUGAUUAAUUAUAUGAGAAAAUAAACCCUCGAUUUUAUAUAUUUCAGUUAGAUUUUAUUCAAAAUUAUUGCUUUACAUUUACGAGGGCAAAGAAUGAGCACUUGAAGCUACAAGCCUCAUUCACACAUUCACCAAGCUUUUUAUUCUAUGGCUAGGCGCCUUAUCUAACAUUCACACACACACACUUACACUCCGAUGAAUGAGGGGCAACCCAGGGCUCGGUAUAUAUUGUGUCUUUGUUACAGUGCAGAAAAAAAAUUUGCAUUUCAUCGCGUUUUCAUCAAUUUUCUUUCACUCUAACCGUUGUCCUUUGUACUGAUAGGAAGCUAAACUGAGUGUUACAUGUAGCUUUUAAAGAAGUAAAGACCAUAAUUUUGAAGGGGGUUCUUCCUGUUAAAAAGGAGAUUUUCUUUCCCACAGUCUUCAAGUGCUUGCUCAUAGGUGCUCAUUGGAUGGUUGGGGUUUUCCCUGUAUUAUCGUAGGGUCUCUAUCUUUUAAUAUAAAGUGCCUUGAGGCAGCCAUUAUUGUAACUCGGAGCUGUAUAGUUUGAAUUGAAUUGAACUGAAUUCUCUAACAUCCAAAAACUAUUUAAAGUACUCUGUGCUAUAGCUGUGACAUGAGGGUGGUGCUGAGUUGGGGGGAAAAUGAAGGACGUGUGAUAUUUUCGGCUUGUGACGGCGCUGUAGGGGGUACAAUUAUUGCAGGCUGGAAUUAUACAGAGAGGGUUAAAGGCCUGCUCUAAAUGACAGAGCUGCAUUGGAAGUGCUGCAGACGUACUGUAUAUAGACACAGCACUGGAGGUCCGAACCACUGCUGUGUUACGCUCUGACGUCCCUUCCUCUGUACUGGGCUUUCUUUACAUUUCAGUGAGUGGCCUUUUUUCAAAGUUUCACGAUUGGAGGUUAUAUUUAGACUCUGGCCUGGAUGUCAUUGUUCAUCAGCCGCUUAUAUUAUCUCAUACACUGCCACGCUGGCGCUAACAUAUGGACAUCAGACUCCACCACACAGCCUGCUAAACGCUGCUCCCCCACCACAGACGUUAAUAGAGCGUUUGUGAACCCGCCCCUCCUUACAGCACAUACGGUGCACUCACAGUGGUAACUUACCACAGCACAGUUGAUGAAUGUACAUUACACGUUAGUAUAUUUUCACUGCGUUAAUGACCUUUUUCUCUGAGGUACAGUAUACACUCAUGCACCACUGACAUGUGACUCUUCAAAAGGCUGCUCAUUGUAUUGCAGAUUUUUUCAUGCCUCUUUAUGAAUAGCUCUCUAAGGAUCUCUUUUAUUGAGGUGAGAAUCAGGCAAGCAUGAAAUGGAGAGAUUAAAGAGCAGGAAAAAGGUUAGAUUGCUGCUCAUAUAAAAAAAAGGGAGCCAUAAGUGGAUGUAAUUGGGACCCAGGACUACAGGGGAAAUGAUUUUGCAGUGAAAAUAUAAACUUGACUGAAUUAGAAAUUCAACUAGUGGCUCUCUUAUUGUCUUGCAGAGUACACGAAAAUACUGCCAAUGUGCAUUUCCAUACCUCAGGGUGAUGACCUAAUUCAGGGACCUCCCACUGUGGAAAAUGAGUCACACCUGCUCUGAUGGACUUCAGAUAACGCCCACAGUGGUCCCCGCCUUCCUUAUCCUGACUUUCAGCCUGUCCCAGAGCCUCAAAGUUCAACACGAUGACGGAUCCCACUGGACUGAGCUCUGAGGGGGCAGGGUCAGCCAUGGCAGAUGCCUGUAGUUUGGAGAUAGAGAGGAAGUAUGAUGUCAUCCCUACUGUCAUCUGCUCCAUGUGUUGCCUGUUUGGAAUCAUCUACUGCUUCUUUGGUUACCGGUGUUUCAAAGCUGUCAUGUUCCUGUCUGGCCUGAUGUUUGGCUCGGUCAUCAUUUUCUUGCUGUGCCACAAGGAGCACGUGCUGGACACGCAGCUGAGCGUCGAGGCCAGCGCGGGCAUCGGCCUCGGUAUAGGCCUCCUGUGCGGCCUCGUCACUAUGCUCGUGCGAAGCGUCGGCCUCUUCAUGACGGGCCUGCUGCUCGGCUUCCUCCUGGCUCUCGCCGCCCUGCUGGUCACUCAGCAGUUCUACACACCUACCACACUGUGGGUGCCGCUGGGCGCUCUUCUGGGAUCGGGCAUGCUGUUUGCCGUGCUGACACUGCAGUGGCAGAAGAUGUUCACCAUGCUGUCCACCGCUGUGUUUGGGGCGGCCAUCAUGACAGUGUGUGCCGAUUACUUUGUGGAGAUGCUGGUUUUGGGAAUGUACGUGUAUGAAUGCCUGCGCCUCACACCCGGACAGGCGCUCUGCUGGUACAGCUGGGUCAUUCUGGGCAUCUGGCCUGCUCUCAGCCUCAUAGGAGUGCUGGUCCAGUGGAAACUGACGGACAACAGCUUCUCACACACAGAGGUUGUCAUCAGUCGGAGACAGAAGAGAGUCCAGCUGAUGCGGAUCCGAGAGAAAGACGCCAAGAAGCGACAGCAGGCAGGUGGGCAGGAAGGCACUUACCGCCGUAAACCCACCCCAGUGAAACGUUACGCUGGGGAUCUACUGGCACCGAGCUACCUGCAAAGUCUGCGGGACAGACAGAUGGGCACCGGCACUUCCCUUAGCAGCGUGGGAACCGCCAACCACACCACGAUCGACUUGGACUACGACACUGGCUCCACGGUGCCCCUCACAGCCACAACGCCAGUCGUCAGGGUCUGAGCAGCACAAACAUAAGAAGGGACUACUUAAUGCACUCUGGUUCUCCAACUGUGUCUUCCUAAUGUAGAGUAGAAGUUAAUAACUGCUCUUCUAUCCAUGGGGUGUUUGUCGCCCUUGAACUGAUUUUCUCCUCAGUGGGUCGCAGGUGUUCAGCAAAACACAGCGCUGCUGGAGAAUGUAAGAGGAUGAGGCUAAAACCACUGCAACUUCUGUGUUUCACAGAGAAACACAAGAAAAACCCCAGACACGAACAAAAAUAAAGGUCGACCAUUUCCACUCUUCACUGAGCACAUAACAGCCCAAUGAGCCUCGAAGACAGAUGUGUUUCUGUUCUGAUAGUGAACAUCACAAAGCAAUGCUUGACAUUACAUGUACUGUACUUCAGAAGUUAGUCAUCGCAAUCAAGUGUCGUGUUAUUACCCGUUUUACCCUUUUCCCGUCCGGACGUAGGAUUUUUUUUGGGGGGGGGGGAGGUCCUGUCAUCACAGUAAAUUUUAUUUUGUGUAUUUCUUCAGAUGGAGUAUGAUGAAAAAGUGAAGUAUAGGACCUGGCUGUGUGGAGUAAGACAAAGUGAAGUGAAAACUAAAUGAUGUGAGAGAGGAAAAAACCUUUUGCUGGAACCUUUAGCGGGAUCUUCUAGCAGAACUCUAACAAAUUCUGUGAUCUUUCUGUUUUUGCAAUGUAGCUCCCAUCAGAAUAAAAUGGGCGGUGAUUUAGAGUCCACUUUUUAUAAUUUAAUUUAUAUAAAGUUCAAGUACCUUAGUAGCGCUAAGUAAAAAAAGAAGAAAAAACUAAACAAAAACAAAGCAUGUUUGUUGUUGAUCUGUAGAUUUUUAAAUAAUUAUCCAGACGUUGUUGGGAUCUUUUUUUGCAGUGACUACACACGUGUUGCCCGAAUCUGUAAAUACCUGUUGAUAGAAGUGUCAAAGAUUAAUAAAUGUGUUUAAUAAUAAGCAGUUUUUAGUCGUCUCUUGAGUCGGGGGGGGGAGUUAUUGAGACUGUUUGUCUCUCCGGGCUCUUAGCAACACUGCCGGCAUUACUCACCAGAUUUCUCAUAGGCAAUAAAGAGGUCAUGGGGAGGAUUUCCUACUCUGCAAUUGGUUGGAGUUGCCAUGGCGCUCGCACAAUUUUCUGAUUUUUUUUUUU